AUGACAGCACGUCUAUGGAGUUGGAGCAGUGUUCGGUUACGAGUGGCGGUGUGCAUCGCCCUUGCACUAACCAUAGAAGGCCUAAUGAGAAGCAAUCUCAACAUGGCCAUGGUAUGCAUGCUGAAUGAAACAGCAAUCGGUGAAGUGCGGCCUAUGCGAAGUACAAAUUAUUCAGCAAGCUGUGAAGUGCUCAAAUUUGGCAAUGAGAAAGUGUACAAAUACAAUGGAGAAUUGAUGUGGACGUCUCAAGAGCGGGCUGUAAUAUUUGCUUCAUUUUAUGCAGGUGGUCUCAUAGCCACGCUAGUCACUGAGAAAUUGAAUCGUUGGGCUGGCGCAAAACGGUUGGUGCUUCAUGGUGCCGUCAUUAAUGUGCUGGGAACAUUUGCUACUCCAUUUGUGGCAACUCAGCUUGGAGCCAUUCCGAUGGUCAUACUACGAUUUGUCAUGGGCUUCGGGCAGGGUCUGCUUUGGCCGUGUAUGAGCGUAUUGGUAGGACACUGGUUCCCACCCACCGAGAAAAGCACUGCCUUAGCAAUUGCCACUACUGGGAACCAGCUUUCCGUGGUGAUCGCAAUGUUUGCAACGGCCGAACUUUGCCAACUGCCAUUUAUGGGAGGAUGGCCAAUGGCAUUUCAUGUUUAUGGAAUCCUCGGGGUGUUCCUGUGCAUUCUAUGGCAAGUCUUUGUAGACGAUGUGCCUGCCCAUGCACAUGGCAUCACAGAUGAAGAACUUCAAGUCAUCCAUAAUACUGGUCGAAGACCUCGUGUGCAGAAGGCAAAUUGGGUUCAGUUGCUCUCUUCUCCUGUCGUUUGGUCGAUUGCCGGAAGCGCUUUUGCGCACAAUUUCAUUACUGUUGGCACUGUCACAUAUCUUCCUCUGUAUUAUAAAACCGUACUCAAUAUGAGUCUUACAUCAAACGGCAUCCUGUCGGCACUUCCAUUCGUCUGUCAAUUCAUUUCGAAAAUCAUCUACGCAGGAUUUGCCGAUGAAUCGAAAAAGCGUGGUUGGAUGGGUUUUACUAACGUAACAAAAGCAUGCAAUUCAAGCGCAUCAUUUGGGCUCGCUGUCUGCUUUGCUUUGCUAUGUUUUUGUGACUGUACCUACCGCAUAUCAGCUGUAAUCUUAGUAUGUCUAGCGAUGGCGUUUGUUUCGGGUUAUGUUCCCGGAUAUAACACAAGCGUGGUUUCUAUAGCACCAUCUCAAACCGCUGCCAUAGCAUCGUUCAGCAGGAUCUGGGCGCAGAUUGCUUCCUCGCUAGCGCCAUAUGAGAUUGGAGCACUAACGAAGCAGGGAAUUCUGCAAGAGUGGCGCAUUGUCUUUCUUACUGUAGUAAUAAUGUGCAUAAUCACAGGAGCAUUCUUUCAGAUCUCAGGCUCAGCUGAUGUCCAAUCAUGGGAUGUAGCGGCUACCAUUGGUGAACCAAAACAAGAAUUGAUAGAAGAGACCCCGGAAAUACAAGAAGAGGCGAAAGUGAACGGAGUUUCUUCCUAG